CCAUCUCUGGGCCUGCAGGCACAGCUUCCACCUGCAUCCCUUUGAUCACCUGCUGAAUAAGUUGUACUAAGCAAGGGGUCAUGCAUGGGCAAAAGAUGAGAGUUGCUACAGCACACAAGAGGAAAAAAUAAUUCAUUUAACCCACACUCCACCAGCUCUGCCAACCUGUCAGUCCAGCCAUGCAAGAAGAGAGGGAGAGAGACAGAGCAAAAGAAAUGAGGGGGUGAAGCAGAGAUUCUUGCAAAGCUCAGCGGGACAUUAAGAUUUCCAAUGAAGAAAGAAAACAACCCCUGGGACCUUGUGUGAGCCGAGGCAGAGAUGAGGAAGAUGAGCGACCAAAGCGGCAGCUACAGGCCCGUCAAUAUCCAGGGAAACAAGGUCAGCUACCGGGAGAGCCCGGAAAAGGAGGCGAAAAGGCUGCAGAGGAGAUUUCUGCACAAGGAUGGCAGCUGCAACGUCUACUUCAAGCACAUCUUCGGCGAGUGGGAGAGCUACGUGGCGGACAUUUUCACCACGCUGGUGGACAUCAAGUGGCGCCACAUGUUUGUGAUUUUCUCGCUGUCCUACGUGCUGUCGUGGCUGCUGUUCGGCCUGGCCUUCUGGCUGAUCGCCGUCCAGCACGGGGACGUGUUCGGCGACGAGGAGCUGACCCCGUGCGUGGCCAACGUGCACAGCUUCACGGGAGCCUUCCUGUUCUCCCUGGAGACGCAGACCACCAUCGGCUACGGCUACCGCUGCGUCACCGAGGAGUGCUCGCUGGCCAUCCUCGCCGUCAUCCUGCAGUCGGUGCUGAGCUGCGUCAUCGACACCUUCAUCAUCGGCGCGGCCUUGGCCAAGAUGGCCACGGCCAGGAAGAGGGCCCAGACCAUCCGUUUCAGCUACCACGCCGUGGUGGGGCUGAGGGACGGCAAGUUCUGCCUGAUGUGGCGCAUCGGCGACUUCCGGCCCAACCACAUGGUGGAGGGCUCGGUGCGCGCGCAGCUGCUGCGCUACCGGCAGGACAGGGAGGGCAGGAUGGCCAUGGAGUACCGCGACCUCAAGCUGCUCAACGACCAGAUCAUCCUGGUCACGCCCGUCACCGUGGUCCACGAGAUCGACGGCGACAGCCCCUUGUACGGCCUGGACCGCAGAGCUCUGGCCAAGGACAACUUUGAGAUCUUGGUGACGUUCGUCUACACGGGCGACUCCACCGGCACCUCCCACCAGUCGCGGAGCUCCUACGUGCCCAGGGAGAUCCUGUGGGGCCACAGGUUCAACGACGUGCUGCACGUCAAGAAGAAGCACUACAAGGUGGACUGCCUGCAGUUCGAGGAGACCACGGAGGUGUACGCGCCGCACUGCAGCGCCAUGCAGCUGGACACCAAGGAGCACCAGUGCAGCCGCGCCGGGAAGGCGCGCCAGGAGCGGCAGGAGGAGGCAGCCCUGGAAAUCAAGCCCAGCCAAAAGUCCUUCAGCGCUGUCGCCCUGGUCACCAGCUGUGAGGAUCCUGAAGCUGCCAGCCAGCCUCCCGAAGAGGUUUCCUACAGGAGGGCAGCUGUGACCUUGAGCAGGAUCUCCAUAGAGUCCCAAAUCUGACUUUCCCUGCUGCUAAAACCCCUCCCAGCACAUUCUCCCCCCGUAGCUCCUCAAAUACAAACAGUGAACUUGUGCGCAGCAGUAUUUAUGUCCCAGACCUCGCUGACAGCGUGCCCACCCCGUCACACCCUGUCAGUCACACCCUGUCACACCCUGUCACACCCUGUCACACAGUGUCACACCCUGCUGUGGGCACAAGGCCGCAGCUUCCACCUGGGAUGCCCAGAGAGCCCCUGCCCUUGAGCAAGCCCAGUGUGACUUUCCUUCCCCUGCAGGAACCAGGGCUGGCCGUGCCCAGGGACACAGAAUGACCCCGGCUGGGCACACAAACCGUGCCCUGUGCCCUCUGGGGACGGGUUCAGAGCUGCCCCACUGGUUUGGAAAGCCCAUUCCCAGUCCCUCCCAGUCCCAACAAGUGGUUCCUCAUCCCAGAGCUCCUCUGGGGAGCCAUGGGGCUGUUCUUUGUAAGACAAAGGAAUAACUGACCCUGGGUGGUUUUGGGCACCUGUUCACACCUGUGGGAUCCACAGUGGGAUCCUGGAGAGCUUUCAUCCCCUAAUCAUGAGCCAUUCCCUGGGGUGCCACUCCCUCAGCAGCUGGAGGGAUGCAGGAGGUUUAAAAAAAAAAAUCAAAACAACACCUCCGGUUUUAAAUCAGCAAAAUCAGGUUGAGCCUUGAGGAGGAGAUCAUGUCUGGUGUGAGCUGUGCAAUAUUUUAUAUCAAAUCCUCUUUAAUUUCAUUUCAUUUCAUUUCAUUUCAUUUCGCUUUUCUUUUUAGCGGGUUGCGCUUCCUUGCAAAGACAAAGAUCAAUCUGGAGAACAAACAGGGUGAUUUUGUCAAAGUGAAAAAUGCUUGUCUCAGAUGGCUGUGUAAAAAUGAUCCUUCACAGAGAAA